CGCGGGGCUUGCCCGCCCCCGGCGCCGGGAACCCGAGCCGCCCCCGCAAGGGCAGGGCUGGGGAGGGCAGGGGCCAGAGCAGUCGGAGGGAGAACACCAGGCGCGGCGCGGGCGGCCCCGGCUCCGGCCCGGGAGAGGCGAUGGCGAGCAGCGAGAGCAACCACACUGGCGAGAGCUUCCUCGGCUCCGACGGGGACGAGGAGGCCACCCGAGAGCUGGAGACCGAGGAGGAGACGGAGGUCGAGGGGGACGAGACCGCGGCGGAGUCGGAGGAGGAGCCGGACGCCAGGUUAUCAGACCAGGAUGAAGAGGGAAAGAUCAAGCAGGAGUGUAUCAUAUCUGACCCCUCCUUUUCCAUGGUGACCGUCCAAAGGGAAGAUAGUGGGAUAACCUGGGAAACCAAUUCAAGUAGAUCUUCUACUCCUUGGGCCUCGGAAGAAAGUCAGACUUCCGGUGUAUGUAGUCGGGAAGGGUCAACUGUGAAUUCUCCUCCUGGAAAUGUUUCCUUUAUUGUGGAUGAAGUGAAAAAGCCUCGGAAAAGGACUCAUAAGUCAAAACAUGGUUCACCAUCAUUACGCCGGAAAGGCAACAAAAAAAGGAAUUCUUUUGAAUCCCAAGAUGUUCCAACAAACAAAAAAGACAGUCCUUUAACUUCAGCAAGCCAGGUACUAACCAUGGAGAAAGAGAAGUCUGGCAUUUAUGAUAAAACAAGAAAAAAGAAGACCACUUCAAAUACACCUCCAAUUACUGGGGCAAUAUACAAAGAACACAAGCCUUUAGUAUUACGACCAGUCUACAUAGGAACAGUACAAUAUAAAAUUAAGAUGUUUAAUUCGGUUAAAGAAGAAUUAAUUCCUCUACAGUUUUAUGGAACAUUGCCAAAGGGUUAUGUAAUUAAAGAAAUACAUUAUAGGAAAGGGAAAGAUGCAUCCAUUAGUCUAGAGCCAGAUUUGGACAACAGUGAUGCUAAUACAGUUUACAAAACAAGAAAAUUAGUAGCCCAAAGCAUAGAGGAUAAAGUAAAAGAGGUUGUUCCACCCUGGAGAGGCACACUCUCCAAAGGAUCAGAGUCCCUACCCUCAAUGUUCAGUCAUAAAGAUCAAAAGAAAAUUUUUCCUGAUUCUCCCCUAAAUGCCACAUCUGCAUUGGAACACACAGUGCCCUCUUAUUCAAGUAGUGACAGAGCAGAACAAGAACUACAGCUCAGGCCUUCACAGUCAGUGCCACAACAGCCAGAGGAUGAAGCAAAACCCUGUGAAGUAGAGCCUCCCUCACCUGCAACUGCGUUCCUGAGAACAGCAAAGGAAGAAUGUGAGGUUGCUUCACAAGGAACUGCAGCUUCAGCCAGUGACUCUUCAGUCUCACCUUCAUUUGCUAAUGAGGUGAAGAAGGAAGAUGUGUAUUCUGCUCACCAUUCCAUUUCUGUGGAGGCAGAUUCACCAGGUUUGGCAGCAACUACCCAGGAGGAUUUGGACCCAGACCAAGAACACCCAGACAUGACUUCACAAAGGGCAGAACCAGCCUCUGCAAAACUGACCCCUGCACAGCCCACUGUCAAAGGAGAGAAGGAGGAAAACGUGCUCGAGCCAUCCAUUUCUCUUUCUGAACCUCUAAUGUUAGAAGAACCACAGGAAGAAGAAAUAGAAACUUCCCUACCCAUAGCUGCUACCCCUGAACCUGAAGAUUCUAAUUUAGUAGAAGAAGAGACCAUAGAACUUGAUUACCCGGAAAGCCCAUUAGUUUCCGAGAAGCCCUUCCCACCAUGUAUGUCCCCUGAAGUGGAGCACAAAGAAGAGGAGCUUAUUCUACCGUUAUUGAUAUCAACUCCCGAACAUGUUGCUUUGUCUGAGGAAGAAAGAGAGGAAAUUGCAUCAGUUUCUACUGAUUCUGCUUUUGUAUCAGAGUAUUCAGUACUACAAGAUUUGAACCAGGAACUAGAGAAGCGAGAAGGUGAGGCAGUUUCCCCAUCCAAUGUAGAAGCUAUAGCUGAACAUGCAGUUUUGUCAGAAGAAGAGAAUGAAGAAUUUGAGGCUUAUUCCCCAGCUGCAGCCUCUGCGUCUGAGAGCUCUCUCUCACCGUUCACAACUAAGACUUCAGAGAGCCAGUCUCCGCUGUUUUCAACAGUUACACCAGAACACAUGGUCCUAUCAGGAGAUGAGGCCUCAGAAAGUGGGCGUUACACACCAGACUCCACAUCUGCUUCUGAAUAUUCAGCUCCAUCACAGGCAACAAAAGAGUCACUGAAGAAAAUAAUUGACCAUAAGUCCCCGUUAAUAUCAAAAGAUGUUUCUGAGCACAUGAUUCCAUCAGAAGAGAAGGAAGACACUGGAUCAUUUACUCCAGCUGCAGCCUCUGCUUCUCAGCCCUCUUUCUCACCAUCCGCAACCAAGAAGACUUCUGAAUGCCAGUCACCACUGACUUCUACUGCCAUGUCAGAACACGUGGUCCCAUCAGAGAGAGAGGACCUAGGAAGUGAACGUUUCACACCGGAUUCAAAGUUGGCUUCCAAAUAUGCAACCCCACUCAAUGCAACACAGGAACCACAAAAGAAAAUAAUCGAUGAGGCAUCCCAAUUCAAACCAGAAGGUAUUUCUGAGUGCACAAUUCUGUCCGAAGAAGGAAAGGAGGACAUUGAACUAUCUUCCCCAGAUUCAGUCGCUGCAUCUGAACACUCUUUCCCACCGCACACAACUGAGAUGACUUCUGAACACCAGGCCCCACCACUUUCAGCCACUCCAUCUGAACGUGGGGUUCUAUUAAACGAAGAGACAGUUGAGCUGGAGCGGUAUACACCCUCUUCCACAUCUGCUUCUGAAUUUUCAAUACCACCAUAUGCAACACCGGAGUCACAGGAGGAAGAAAUUGUCCACAGAUCUCUAAACGUAAAAGGCGCAUCCUCACCCGUGAAUUCAUCAGAAGAAGAUCAAGAAGACAUUGGACCUUUUUCUCCCGAUUCUGCAUUUGUGUCAGAAUUCUCAUUUCCACCAUAUGCAACACAGGAAGCAGAGAAAAGAGAAUUUGAAUGCGAUUCUCCAAUGUGUUUAACAUCGCCAUCUGAGCACACUAUUUUUUCAGAUGAAGACACUGAAGAAGCUGAACUGUUCUCUCCAGACUCGGCAUCACAAGUUUCAAUCCCUCCAUUUAGAAUCCCAGAGAGGGAGAAAAAUGAUUUUGAGCCUGAUUCACUAUUAACUGCGGUGUCUGUUUCAGGUUAUUCCUGCUUUCCAGGAGCAGAUGAGGAAGACAUUGGAUCUACAGCUGCUACACCUGUGCCUGAACUGUACAGUUCAUCACAGAAGCAAAAAGCUGAAACUUUCCCUUCAGUGUCUCCGCUUGAAGACUUGAGUUUGCCACCUUCAACAGAUAAAUCAGGGAAAGCAGAAACUAAGCCAGAGAUUCCAGCAACCUCAGCAUCUGUAUCUGAAUAUCUCAUUUUGGCACAGAAGCAGAAAACUCAAGCAUCUUUAGAGCCUAAGUCUGAAGACUUGAUUCCUUCACAUUUAACCAGUGAAGUGGAGAAGGGAGAAAGAGAGGCGAGUUCAUCAGUAGCUGCAAUACCUGCUUCUUUACUUGUACAGUCAUCUGUAGUAAAGGAAGAAACCAAACCUGCAUCUCCACAUUCGGUUUCACCUGAUUCAGUCCCUGCAAUUAAGAAAGAACAGGAACCCACAGUAGCACUCACUCUAAAAGCUGUAGAUGAACAGAUGGCUUUGCCAAAAGUCAGAAAGGAAGAAAUUGUGCCUGAUUCUCAAGAAGCUACAGCACAUGUAUCACAGGAUCAAAAAAUGGAGCCUCAGCCUCCAAAUGUUCCAGGGUCUGAGACAAAAUAUUCAAUUUUGCCUGACGUGGUAGAUGAGCCAAAGAAGGGUGUCAAGCCCAAAUUAGUUCUAAAUGUGACUUCUGAACUAGAACAGGGAAAGUUGUCCAAGAAUGAGCCUGAAGUUAUAAAACCAUAUUCACCUCUAAAGGAAACAUCUUUAUCUGGACCUGGGGUUUUACCAGCAGUGAAAAUGGAGAUGAAACAUGAUUCUAAAAUAAUGAGUACACCUUCAGUGCUUGAUUCAGCUUCCUCAGGAGUAGACAAGCAAGUUGAACAUGGUCUACCUGCACUAGCAUUUUCAGCUUUGUCAGAAGAAAUUAACAAAGAACUUGAACCCGGUUCCUCAACAACCACAGCAAUUGUAGCUAAGCUUGAUUCAAACUUAACCAAAUUAGGAAAAGAAGAAAUCCCAACAGAUUUAUCUCUUGUCACUUCUGUAGAUCGUCCAGUCUUAACAAAAGUAGGAAAGGGUGAAUUAGAAAGUGGUUUGCCACCACUGGUAACAUCUUCAGAUGAGCAUUCAGUUCUUGCAGAAGAAGACAAGGUGGCAGUUAAAGGUGCUUCUCCCAUUGAAACGUCAUCCAAACAUUUGGCUUGGUCAGAAGCAGAGAAGGAAAUUAAAUUUGAUUCACCUCCAAGUGUCUCCUCUAUAGCAGAGCAUUCUGUUUUGUCAGAAGCAGAAGCCAAAGGAGUUAAAGCUGGGUUGCCAAUAAUCAAAACAUCAUCUUCCCAGCAUUCAGAUGAAUCCGAGGAAGGAAGGGUAGAAGACAAACAAGGUCUUUCAUAUUCUAUAGUUCGUGACUCUGAACGUUUGGUUUCAUCACAGAAAAAGAGCUUGGUGUCUACCUCAGAGGUGCUGGGGCCUGAAAAUGAGCUUUCACUUGGCCUAGAGGGUGAGAUAAAGAAGGAAGAAACUAAACUUCCUUCAUCACAAAAUGUGUCACCUGCACCCAAACAUAUAGUUCCAAAAGGCAGAGAUGAGGAAAUAGCAAGUUCACCUCCUGAACUAGAAAAUUUAGCAUCAGGUUUGGCCCCAGCAGUACUGCUCCUCAGUGAUGAUAAGAACAAACAUGCAGUGGAGGUAUCUUCUUCAGCUCAGGGAGACUUCCCAUCAGAAAAACAAGACGUUGCUUUGGCACAGCUGUCUUUGGAACCGGAGAAGAAAGACAAGCCACACCAACCAUCGGAAUUACCAAAUGCUGGGUCAGAAUUUGCUAGUGGUUUAGGUAGGCAAAGUGGAUCCAUAGGUACAAAACAAGCAAAAUCUCCCAUAACUGAGACGGGGGAUUCUGUUUUAGAAAAAGGCCUAGCUAAGCUUAGGAGCAGAGAAAGAAAAGAAGAAAAUAGAGAAUUUUAUGCAUCUGCUACGAUGCCUGUAAUUUCUGAGCUUUCAUCAUUGCUUAGGGAGGAAUCUCAAAAUGAAGAAAUUAAGUCUUUCUCCCCCAAGAUCGUCAGCCUAGAGUCAAAAGAAACACCUACCUCUCUAGCUGAAGGAGACAACCCAGAAGAAUUUCAGCCAUUUAGUUUUUCUUUAAAAGGAUUAUCAGAGGAGUUGAGCCAUUCAGCCGACUUUAAAAAGGGAGAAAAUCAAGAAAUAGGCCCAUUACCAUCACCAGGAAAUUUGAAGGCACAAGUCAUGGGAGAUGUUGCAGCUAAGCUAAGUGAAGAAACAGGCCACCCAGAUUCAUCCCAGGUACUCCAGAGUAUAACAGAACCUUCAAAGAUUGCUCCUUCUGACCUCCUUGUGGAACAAAAGAAGACAGAAAAAGCACUUCACUCAGAUCAAACUAUUAAAUUACCUGACAUAAGCACCUCUUUUGCAGGUAAACAAGAUUUGGAUAUUAAGCAAUUUUCAUUUAUGAAAGAGAAUUUGCCUUUGGAACAAUCAAAAUCAUUUAUGACAGCCAAGCCCGUGGAUAUCAAAGAAACAAGAAGGGAAGAAUUCUUUAUUUCUCCAAAGGAUGAAAACUGGAUGUUGGGAAAGCCAGAACAUAUGGCUUAUCAACACGAAGAGAGAAAAGCAGGAUCUGUGCAGCUGGAUUCCUCUGGCAGCAAUGAGCUGAGGCCAGGGCAGCUCCAGGCUGCUGUGCCCAGUAAGGACCUUACUUGUGAGGUCAGAAAGCAGGUCCUGCCAGAUUCUGCUGAAGAAUCUCAUUUGUCAUCACAAGAACCAGUAUCUGCUCUUGAUACUUCCAGUGGUAAUGUAGAGUCCUUAUCAAGUCAAAGUUACUCUUCUGAAGAAGUAAAGCUGGCUGAAGAACCAAAGUCUUUAGUUCUAGCUGGAAAUGUAGAGAGAAAUGUACCAGAGAAGAAGGAGAGUCAUUCUUUCACGGAGAGUGAAAGCUUGCUAUUGGAGAAAGCAAACACAGAGUUUUCCUGCCCUUCCAAAGAAGAUAGCCAGGAAAAAGUUAAACUACCUCCCGAAAGAUUCCUCCAGAAAUCAGUGUCUGGCCCAUCAGUGGAACAGGUGAAGUCAGAAACAAUCCCCUCCUCUGUCAAAACAGCCCAUUUCCUGGCAGAAGGUGUGGAACCUGCACUGGGCAAUGAAAAAGAAUCACACAGGUGCACACCUCCUUUUCCUGGAGAGAAGCCAUUGGAAGAAUCAAAAAUGGUUCAGUCGAAGGUUAUCAAUGAUGCUGAUGAGGGAAAGAAACCAGAACCUGAAGUGAAAAUACCCACACAAAGAAAACCCAUCUCCUCAAUUGACGCAAAAGAGCCUCAACCCCUAGAGUCACCUGAGGUGACGCAAAAGUCACCCACGCAGCCAAAGGUAGCUAAGCCAGACCUUCCUGAGGAAAAGGGAAAGAAAGGACUUUCAUCUUUCAAAUCGUGGAUGUCCAGCUUGUUUUUUGGAUCAAGCACGCCAGAUAACAAAGUUGCUGAACAAGAAGACUUAGAAACACAGCCAAGUCCAUCUGUAGAAACAGCAGUGACUGUGAUAGAGCCUGAAGGUACAAUUCCUGCUAAUUUUAAUGUAGCCGAGAAACCAGCUGAUCAUUCAUUAUCAGAAGUAAAAUUUAAAACUGUUGAUGAAUCCAGAGGUACUUUAGUAAAAUUUGAUGAGGGUCAAAAUGUUAAAGAAAAAUCCACAAUUUUAUCAAAUUUAGAAGAUUUACAACAGCCAAAAUCCAUUUUUGAGGUGUCUAGGGAAGAUUAUGGAAAGAAAGAAAUCUCAGGCGAUUCAGAGGAAAUGAGCAUAAACUCAGUAGUUACUUCUGCUGAUGGUGAGAAACAUCUUGGAAUUCAACCUUAUUCACUAAUCAGUGAGAAAUUGGUUAUGGAAGAAGCCAAAACUGUUGUUCCUCUUCAUGUUACUCAUAGUAAAGGAGUCCAGAAGCCAGCAAUCUCUCCUCCAUCUAAUUGGAAUAUUUCUAUUUUUAAGGAACAGCCAAGAAGUGAUCAAAAAGAAAAAUCACUCCUUUCAUUUGAUGUAGUAGAUAAGGUGCCACAACAGCCAAAACUAGCUUCCUCCAACUUUGCAAGUAAAAAUAUCACAAAGGAAUCAGAGAAACCAGAGUCAAUUAUUUUGCCAGUAGAAGAAUCAAAAGGCAGUUUAAUUGAUCUCAGUGAAGAUAGACUAAAGAAAGAAAUGCAAAAACCUACUUCCUUGAAAAUUUUCGAAGAGGAAACAAAACUCAGGUCUAUUAGUCCAACUAAGAAAGAUAAUUUGGAAAACAGGUCAGAUACCUUUGUAGAAAAGAAGGUGAUGGCAGAAAAACAAGAUUCUGUGGUCCCAUUAGAGCUUAGAGAUAGUAAUGAAAUAGGGAAGACACAAAUUACACGUGGAUCUAGAUCUGUUGAACAGGAAGAAUCAAAAGUCAAUGCUAUGCCACAGCACUUCUAUCAAAAUGAAGACUACAGUGAAAGACCCAAAAUCGUUGUUGGUUCUGAAAAGGAGAAAGGAGAAGAAAAAGAAAAUCAGGUAUAUGUGCUUUCAGAAGGAAAGAAGCAGCAGAAACAUCAGCCUUAUUCUGUGAAUGUAGCCGAGUCUAUGACUGAAAAAUCAGAUAUCUCUUUAGGUCAUUCUUUGGGUGAAACUCAGUCAUUUUCAUUAGUUAAAGCUACAUCAGUUACUGAAAAAUCAGAAGCCAUGCUCUCAGAGGCUCACUCAGAAGUCAGAGAAACAAAGGCAGUAGGAACCCAACCACAUCCUUUAGAAGAAAGUAAAGUUUUGGUGGAGAAAACCAAGACUUUCCUGCCACUGGAUCUUUCUUGUCAUGAUGAAAUAAAGAACCACUCUUUGUCUCAGGAAGGAAAUCUAGUGUUAGAAAAGUCAAACCGAGAUAUGCCAGAUCACAAUGAAGAAAAAGAACAGUUCAAAGACUCAGAGCUCUUGAAAGGUGGUUCAGUAGAUAUCACAAAAGAAAGUAUGAAACAAGGAUUUCCAUCUAAAGAAUCCGAAAGGACUUUAGCGCAUCCUUUUGAUGAAACUAGGAGCUCAGAAACACCGCCAUAUUUUCUGUCAUCUGUGAAACCACAAACUCUUGCUUCAAGAGCUUCUCCAGAAAUUAAUGCAGUGAAGAAACAAGAAAUGUCACGAUCAGAAUUGGCUCCAGAAAGGCAUACAGUUCAUACUAUUCAGACAUCUAAAGAUCACACAUCCGAUGUGCCUAAACAAUCUGUUCUUGUUUCAAAGCACCAGUUGGAGGCUGUGGAAGACACCGGUGUAAAGGAACCACUCUCUUCAGUAAAGAGCAACUAUGCUCAAUUUAUAUCUAAUGCAUCAGCAAGCAAUGCUGAUACAAUGGUUUCUGCUAAAGAAAUGUCCAAGGAGACUGAAGACACAUAUGCAAAAGAUGAAGACUUUACAGUGACUAGUAAGCCAGCUGGACUUUCAGAAGAUCAGAAGACUGCCUUUAGUAUUAUUUCUGAAGGCUGUGAAAUAUUGAAUAUUCAUGCUCCUGCCUUUAUUUCUUCAAUUGAUCAGGAAGAAAGUGAACAAAUGCAAGAUAAGUUAGAAUAUUUGGAAGAGAAACUCUCAUUUAAAACCAUACCACCACUCCCUGAUAAUAGUGAAGCAGUUCCUUGUCAUGAAACAUUAAAGAGCAGGUUAGAAGAUUCUGAUGAAAAAGUUAUACCACUGAAAGAAAAUAAACAAAAGGAAACUCAUAAGGCAAAAGAAGAGAUAUCCACAGAUUCAGAAACCGGUGAUUUAUCUUUUAUUCAGGCCACAAUUCCCAGUGAAGAGGAUUAUUUUGAAAAAUAUACUUUAAUUGAUUAUAACAUCUCUCCAGACCCAGAAAAACAGAAAGCUCCACAGAAAUUAAAUGUUGAAGAGAAACUCUCAAAGGAAGUUACAGAAGAAAUGAUCUCUUUCCCAGUAAGUUCAGUGGAAAGCACCCUAGAACAUGAGUAUGACUUGGUGAAAUUAGAUGAAAGUUUUUAUGGACCAGAAAAGGACCAUGAUGUAUUAUCUCAUCCAGAGACCCAAAAGUUUUUGGGUAUCCAAAAAUCAGCUGACAGAAAUGUUUCAAAGGACAUAAAGAGAGAUGUGGACUCAAAGUCGCUUGGGAUGCCUUUAUUUGAAGCAGAGGAAGGAGUUUUGUCACGAACCCAGAUAUUUCCUACCACUAUUAAAGCUAUUAAUCCAGAACUUCUGGAGGAGCCCCCUGCACUUGCAUUUUUAUAUAAGGAUCUGUAUGAGGAAGCAGUUGGAGAGAAAAAGAAGGAAGAGGAGACAGUUUCUGAGUGUGACAGUGUGAAUUCUGAGGCAUCAUUUCCCAGCAGAAAUUCUGACACUGAUGAUGGAACAGGAAUAUAUUUUGAGAAGUAUAUACUCAAAGAUGACAUUCUCCAUGACACAUCUGUAACUCAAAAGGACCGAGACCAAGGUCUGGAAGAAAAACGAGUUGGUAAGGAUGAUUCAUACCAACCAAUAGCUGCAGAAGGGGAAAAUUGGGGGAAGUUUGGAACUAUUCACAAGGAGAAGAGCCUGGAAGAACAGAAAGCUGUUUAUGGGGAAGGAGAAUCAGUAGGCCAUGUGGAGAUCCUUGGUAAUAUGGCAAUGCAGAAGAAAGCUCCCAUCACAGAGGAAGUCAGAGUGGCUACCCAGAAGAUAAGUUAUGCAGUUCCAUUUGAAGACACCAAUCAUGUUCUGGAGCGCACAGAUGAAGCAGGCAGUGAGGAUAAUGAAGCCGGAAAUGCAAAUUCAGAGGUCAAUCUGAAUGUUCCAGUACAAGUGUCCUUCCCGGAGGAAGAAUUUGCAUCUGGUGCAUCUCAUGUUCAAGAAACACCGCUAGAAGAACUUAAAAUCCUGGUCCCACCUGAGCCAAGUGAAGAGAGGCUCCGUAAUAGCCCUGUUCAGGAUGAGUAUGAAUUUGCGGAAUCCCUGCAUUAUGAAGUUGUUCCUCAAGGCAUUUUAUCAGAAGAACUGUCUUCAGAAUCUACACCUGAAGAUGUCUUAUCUCAAGGAAAGGAAUCCUUUGAGCACAUCAGUGAAAAUGAAUUUGUGAGUGAGGCAGAACAAAGUACAUCUGCUGAACAGAAGGAGUUGGGCAGCGAGAGGAAAGAGCAAGACCGAUUAUCAUCCGAGUUUGUAACUGAAAAGGCACAAAAAGAGCCAAAAAAAUCCCAGAUUGACACAUACUGCUACACCUGCAAAAGCCCAAUUUCUGCCACUGACAAGGUGUUUGGCACCCACAAAGACCAUGAGGUUUCAACGCUUGAUACAGCUAUAAGUGCUGUAAAGGUUCAAUUAGCAGACUUUCUAGAAAAUUUACAAGAAAAGUCCUUGAGGAUUGAAGCCUUUGUUAGUGAGAUAGAAUCCUUUUUUAAUACCAUUGAGGAAAACUGUAGUAAAAAUGAGAAAAGGCUAGAAGAACAGAAUGAGGAAAUGAUGAAGAAGGUUUUAGCACAGUAUGAUGAGAAAGCCCAGAGCUUUGAGGAAGUGAAGAAGAAGAAGAUGGAAUUCCUGCAUGAGCAGAUGGUCCACUUUCUUCAGAGCAUGGACACUGCCAAGGACACCCUGGAGACUAUCGUGAGAGAAGCAGAGGAGCUCGACGAGGCCGUCUUCCUGACAUCGUUUGAGGAAAUCAAUGAAAGGUUGCUUUCUGCAAUGGAGAGCACUGCUUCUUUAGAGAAAAUGCCUGCUGCGUUUUCCCUUUUUGAACAUUAUGAUGACAGCUCGGCAAGAAGUGACCAGAUGUUAAAACAAGUGACUGUUCCACAGCCUCCUAGAUUGGAACCUCAGGAACCAAAUUCUGCCACCAGUACAACGAUUGCAGUUUAUUGGAGCAUGAACAAGGAAGAUGUCAUUGAUUCAUUUCAGGUUUACUGUAUGGAGGAACCACAAGAUGACCAAGAAGUAAAUGAGUUGGUAGAAGAAUACAGACUGACAGUGAAAGAAAGUUACUGCAUUUUUGAAGAUUUGGAACCUGACCGAUGCUAUCAAGUGUGGGUGAUGGCUGUGAACUUCACUGGAUGUAGCCUGCCCAGUGAAAGGGCAAUCUUUAGGACAGCACCCUCCACCCCUGUGAUCCGCGCCGAGGACUGUACUGUGUGUUGGAACACAGCCACUAUCCGAUGGCGGCCCGCCACCCCUGAGGCCACAGAGACCUACACUCUGGAGUACUGCAGACAGCACUCUCCUGAGGGUGAGGGCCUCAGAUCUUUCUCUGGAAUCAAAGGACUCCAGCUGAAAGUUAACCUCCAACCCAAUGAUAACUACUUUUUCUAUGUGAGAGCCAUCAAUGCAUUUGGGACGAGUGAACAGAGUGAAGCUGCUCUCAUCUCCACCAGAGGAACCAGAUUUCUCUUGUUGAGAGAAACAGCUCAUCCUGCUCUACACAUUUCCUCAAGUGGGACAGUGAUCAGCUUUGCUGAGAGGAGACGGCUGACAGAAAUCCCGUCAGUGCUGGGUGAGGAACUGCCUUCCUGCGGCCAGCAUUACUGGGAAACCACAGUCACAGACUGCCCAGCAUAUCGACUCGGCAUCUGCUCCAGCUCGGCCAUGCGGGCAGGUACCCUGGGACAAGGGGAAACCUCAUGGUGCAUGCACUGCUCUGAGCCACAGAGAUACACAUUUUUCUACAGUGGCAUCAUGAGCGAUGUUCAUGUUACUGAGCGUCCAGCCAGAGUAGGCAUCCUGCUGGACUACAACAACCAGAGACUUGUCUUCAUCAAUGCGGAGAGUGGCCAGCUGCUCUUUGUCAUCAGGCACAGGUUUAAUGAGGGCGUCCACCCUGCCUUUGCCCUGGAGAAACCUGGAAAAUGUACUUUGCACCUGGGGAUAGAGCCCCCGGAUUCUGUAAGGCACAAGUGAUCCUUGGCUUUCAGAAUUUGCAAGAGCAGCAAUUUAAAUUUCAGGGGGCCUGCUGUUCAUUCCUUUGGAUGCUAUACAUUAUUCCAAAAGUCUCCCACACAUUUGCAUUAAUGAUGGCUGCAUGCAUAGCAAUCAGCACGUGAACAAAAUCAACAAGAAAACCUUGACUUUACAGAGCAGAGUGUGAGUAAAGAGAAUGAAAACAACAGCCUUCACUCUUUGGUUUAUAUGUGUUUGAGUUCUUUCCUAAAUUAAAAGGUCUACACUUGAGUUGGGACACAAAAGAGAAAAGUGGACUUCCAUCUGUUUUAUUGGUAAAGGAAAUCCUCUGAUGGACAGGUGGGAGAGAAGGAAGGUUGCGCUGGUAAGACAUCUCCUCUGACAAAGAGACAUGGACGCUUUCCACAAAAUGUCACCUUACUGUACCAAAGGAUGAUGAAUCCUGAUCAUUAGAAAAAGUGUUUUAGCUGAUUUAAAUUUAUAAUGAACACUUUUGUAAUAAUGUAUACUGUAGAACAUACGUCUCUCUUCUCUAAAAGUUUAAAUGUAGAAAAGUGCUAGAUAUUAGAAGUUUCCAUUUUGUUAAAUAAAUGGUUAGAGUCUAUAAAACCA